AUCUCGAAACCAAAAUUUCAUUUUUUAGUUCAUCUUCCUGCUUACAUCCGACGUUUCGGUCCAGCGAUUCUCUUUUCCACUGAACGAUACGAGUCUUUCAACCACGUGUUUCGCCUCGCAUGCAUCCACAGCAAUCGACAGGGCCCCAGCCAGGAUACGUGCCGAAUUUUCGCGAGACAGGAUAUUGUCAAACACAUCGCUACGGGUGGCUACUGGUUUGAUACCGCCAGUAAA